AUAAUAACCGGAACUAUUAUCCGCACUACUGUGUUCCACCGUAGGAACUAAAAUAUUGUUACACCCACAGAAGACAACUUUUAAAAAAUGUACCGAAGAUAAUAAAUUCUGGUUAAACUAUUGUCCUCUAGUACAGGCUGUCACUCGGAGAGCAAUGGGGGUACACGGGCUGUGGAAGCUGCUUGAGACCACCGGGAAGCCCGUCAACCCCGAGACGCUCGAGGGCAAGAUCCUGGCUGUCGACAUCAGUAUCUGGUUGAACCAGGCAGUGAAGGGUGUGAGAGACAGGGAGGGUAACAGUGUCCAGAAUGCCCACCUCCUCACCCUGUUCCAUCGUCUUUGUAAAUUGCUCUAUUUCCGCAUCAGACCUGUCUUCGUGUUCGAUGGAGACGCACCUCUGAUCAAGAAACAGACCCUGGCCAUCAGAAGACAGAGAAAGGAGGAGAAGACUAUGGAGUCCAAGCAGACCAAUGACAAACUCCUCAAGACCUUCCUGAAGAGACAAGCCAUCAAAGCUGCUCUGGGAGAGAGGAGUCAGGAUCAUCUGCCCAGCCUGUCUGCUGUGAGGAGAGAGGAGGACAUGUUCAUGCUGCCUGCCCUGCCAGCCCAGGAGGAGGAGAGAGAGAGGAGCAGCUCAGAGGAGGAGGAGCAGGUGGAGGAGGACAGCCGUCACAUCUACCAGGGGGAUUUCUAUGAAGACUCUAACUCUGUGGACAUCAACUCUGAGGAGUUUUCUGCCAUGCCUCCUGAGGUGAAACAUGAGAUCCUUAAAGACAUGAAGGAAUUCAGCAAGAGACGACGCACCAUGUACCACACCCCCCCUGAGCGGUCAGGGGACUUCUCCCAGUACCAGCUAGCAGGGCUGCUGCAGAGGAACAAGCUGAACGUGCGUCUGGAGGGGGUGGAGAGAGAGAUGUCCAACCGUAGUGCUGGGAACGCCCCGGGGGUGGAGCUAUGCAACCAGGGGGAGGGGCACAGCGUGGAGACACGACGCCUCCUCUCAGAAGACUCCACCCACUACAUCCUCAUCAAAGGUCCGAAGAAGACCGACAACAGUGAGAGGGUGCCAGACAUCCAGCCUGCGGCCUCUCCCUGGUUGGGUGGUCCCCUAUCAGGGAGGGUUAGGACGGGGGGAGGGGAGAGACCUGAGCCCCUUUGGAGACCCAUCUCGGAGGAGGAGAGCCUGGAGGAGGGACCCUCAUCAUCGUCUAAACAUCCCCAGGACCCGAACCCGAGCCUGGGGGAUACAGCACCCAUCUCCCCCCGGACACUGAAGGCCAUCCAGGCUGCCAUGGAUAGCAGCUUCUCAGACGAGGAGGAGAAGGAUAGCUCCUGGGGUAGAGGAGGGAGUAGGGCUGAGGAGGAGGGGGGUGGCAGUGUGUCUCCUCGUACCCUCCUGGCCAUUCAGCGAGCCACGGGAGAAGAGUUGGACGUAGGCCCGUCCCCAAACGCCACUACGAUUGGCAGUUCUCCUGUUAAGCCCCACCCUCCCAGUCCCCAGCGUCCUGCCAACCGAUUGUUCGUCAUCAGCAGCUCUGAGGAGGAGACUGAAGGGAAGGACACAGGGGAUGAGCAACAGUCGCCUCUCCCCCUUCGCCUCCCCAUUCCUCCUGCGGACAGGGUGCUCCUCAGCAUGGAGGAGGAAACCGUCACCAGGAGGAGCAGGGAGGAGGUGGAGGAGAUUCUGAGAAGGAACAGAGAGGAGUUGGAGCAAGCCAUCGACAACAGGAACAGAGAGGAGUUGGAGCAAGCCAUCGACAACAGGAACAGAGAGGAGUUGGAGCAAGCCAUCGACAACAGGAACAGAGAGGAGUUGGAGCAAGCCAUCGACAACAGGAACAGAGCUUUCCACUCUGCAGUGGGUCAGGGGGACAGUUUGGGUCAGGCUCUCGGUCUUAUUCCCCCAUCAGGCCUUGGUCUAAACAGAGAGGAGGAGACUGGGAGGAGCAGCCUAGUGACUGGGCCUUUACCUCCAUCGCAGGAGGAGAGGAACACCAGGGAGGAGAGGAAUGGACAGAACACUGGGGAGGAGAGGAAUGGACAGAUUGUGAAGAUGGAGGACGGCAAGGAGCACAGUGAGCAGGACAGUGAUUCAGAGAGCUUCGUUGACGUGUCUGAGGGGGAGGAGCUAAAGGAGGAGGAGACGGAUGAUUCGCUGAUAGAGGUUGGGGGCGGUACUCCAGCUAAGGCACAGGAAGACGUGGCCAAGAAGGAGGAAGAGGAGGAGGCUUUAAGUAGCAGAGCUAUCCCUUUGGAAGAGAGGGAGGAGGAGCCCCAGCCUCCCACAGAGCCCAGCCCAGCUCCUCCUGCCCCAGCGUCUGUUCCUCUACCCAACGAGUGGGAAGACAUCAACGUGGAUGAGCUGGUGGCGCUAGAGAGCAGUCUUGGAGAGCAGCAGUCCAGGCUGAGGGAACAGAAGCAGCAGCAGGAGCGCGUCGCUGCCACGGUUACCGGACAGAUGUGUCUGGAGAGCCAGGAGCUGCUGAGGUUGUUUGGCGUACCCUUCCUGGUGGCUCCCGGUGAGGCCGAGGCCCAGUGUGCAGCCCUGGACCGGACCGACCAGACCCAUGGAACAAUCACCGAUGACAGCGACGUCUGGCUGUUCGGAGGACGACACGUCUACAAGAACUUCUUCAGCCAGAACAAAUACCUAGAAUACUACCAGUACGUAGACCUACAGAACCAACUGGGCGUGGACCGUACCAAGCUGAUUAACCUGGCCUACCUGCUGGGUAGUGACUAUACGGAGAGUCCCGGGGUGGGCUAUGUGACGGGCAUGGAGAUACUCAACGAGUUCCCUGGACCUGGCACGGAACCAGUCAGCAUGUUCAGUGAGUGGUGGUCCUUGGCCCAGCAGCAGCAACGUCUGACCUCUGACCCCCGUGACUCCAAGGUCAAGAGGAAACUGAGAGGGCUUCGGCUGCGGCCGGGCUUCCCCAACCCUGCCGUGGCAACUGCCUACCUGCAGCCCAGCGUCGACCUAUCAGAAAGCUCCUUUAGCUGGGGCCGCCCACACCUCGACCUCCUCAAGGAAUUCUGUGAGAGUCGUUUUGGUUGGAACAGCAGGAAGACAGAAGAGACUCUACAUCCUGUUAUCAAACAGCUCAACACACAACAGACCCAGCUGCGUAUUGACUCGUUCUUCCGUCUGGAGCAGCAGGAGAGACAGGCCAUCAAGAGCCAGCGCCUCCGCCGGGCCGUUACCUGUAUAAAGAGGAAAGAGAGGGAGGACGGAGGGAGGGAAGAGAGGGAGGACGGAGGGAGGGAAGAGGAAGAAGAGGGGACUGGCUCUCCGUCCAAGGCUAAAAGAGGGAAGGGGUCAGAGCCAAAGCAGAGGAAGGGAGAGGUGGAAGAGGGGACAGGGGGGUUCCUGGGGUCAGAGGUCAGUAAGCCUGCUCAAGAGAAUGUGGGAAGAGCCAACCAGGAUGUGGGAGUGGCCAGCCAAGAAAGAGAGGAAGUAGGAGUGGUUAGUCAGAAUGUGGGAGGGGCCAACCUGGCUGUGGGAGGAGCCAGCCAGCAGAGGAAAGAAGUGCUUCCUCCUCCUAAUAACGGAGUACCUCAACCUAAACUCCUCCCUAAUAGGACGGAGCAGAAUGACAGCAGCAGUUCCGGGGACGACGGUGACAGCGGGGUCGCCAUGGUAACGGCCCAGUCAGUGUUUAGGGGCCAACCGAGAGAAGGGAGGGGGUAA